AUGUGUGUGAAUGAGGAGAGAGAGAUGGGGAGGAGAAAGAGAAGUUUGUGUACGUGUGUGUGUGUGUGUGUUGUGUGAACGUGUGAGUGUGCGUGCGCGUAUAUCUGCUCUUCUUCAUGUGUGUGUGGUUGUGUGUGUGUGUGUGUAUACAAUAACUAAUAGCAGGAGAGGCAGGCAUCCCGGCAGACAAAUAGAUAUAAACAAAUCGAAACAGAUACAAAUACUCACAGUGUUUAGACAGACGGCCAAGCAGUUGGAUUACCAGUUUCUCUGCUGAGAAAAGUAGCAGCUUAAGCUGUAAAAUAAUAUAUUCAAAACAACAACAACAACAACAACAACAAACUUUCAUCAAAAAAGACUUCUGGCAUCAUGGCUAAACCGACAUACCGACCAAAGACUGAAGUAGAUGGAAAAGAUAAAGAAAUUAGUGGUAAUUUAAUGAUGCCUUCAGAAGAGAAGAAGCUCUACAAACUGCCAUUACAACACAAGAAAUUGAUAACGAUGAGAAAUCUAGGAAAAUCUGGACUUCGAGUGUCAAAUGUUGGAUUUGGGACCUGGGUAACAUUUGGUGCACAAGUUACAGACGAAGUUGCUGAAGACAUGUUAACGCUAGCCUAUGAGAGUGGAAUCAACAUAUUUGAUACUGCUGAAGUAUAUUCAGGUGGCAAGGCUGAAAUAUCUUUAGGUAAAAUUCUGAAAAAGAAAGGAUGGAGACGUUCCAGUUAUAUUAUAUCAACCAAGAUUCAUUGGAGUGGCAAUCGUGCCGAAACAGAGAAAGGCCUCUCUCGUAAACAUAUCAUUGAAGGUUUGAAAGGAUCACUAGAUCGUCUGCAGCUAUCAUAUGUUGAUAUAGUUUUCGCCAAUAAACCCAGUGCACAAACACCAAUGGAAGAAAUCGUCCGUGCCUUCACUUUUGUCAUCAAUCAGGGUUGGGCUAUGUACUGGGGUACCUCCCGCUGGACGCCCACAGAAAUCAUGGAAAGUUACGCUGUGGCACGCCAGUUCAACCUGAUCCCACCAACUGCUGAACAAGCUGAAUAUAACAUGUUUCAUCGAGAUAAAGUUGAGCUUCACAUGCAUGAGAUCUACACUAAAAUUGGUGUUGGAACAAUUUGCUGGUCCCCAUUAGCAUCAGGAAUUCUUUCAGGGAAGUAUGACGAUGGAGUACCGAUCUAUUCUCGUGCUGCCCUAAAGAAUUACGGAUGGCUGAAAGAUAAAAUUCUCAGUGAGGAGGGCCGCAAACAGCAAGCACGUCUAAGAGAAGUGGCAGUCGUUGCUGAUAGAUUAGGUUGCUCAUUAGCUCAACUGGCAAUAGCCUGGUGUCUGAGACAGGAAGCCAUUCAUUGUGUUUUACUUGGAGCUACAUCAGUAGACCAACUUUAUGAAAAUCUCCAAGCUCUGCAGUAUGUUCCAAAAUUAACACCAUCGUUGAUGAAUGAAUUGGACAAAUUACUUGGCAACAAACCUCUUUCACGCAAGGAGCAUCCACCCAGGUGACUAGACUUGGACAGGGCGGCUGGAGGGGGUGGUAGUGGCAGCGGAACCGCUGCCGGUGCUGCUGCUGGGAGCUCAGCUAAUGCUGGCACUUCAGGACAAUCCGGCAGCAGCAGUGGUGCCACCACCACCCACAUUGUCAGCCACAUGCCCUCACGACAUGCCCUCCACCAGCACGAUGCAGCACUCGGUUCACCUCCAUGUUCUAUCCAGUAGACAUAGAUAUCAUAGCAUUGUUACUCCAUGACUGUCACCUCUUCCACUGCCAUCAUCACCACCACUACCACUGCCAACACCACCACCUCCGCCACCACCACCACCACCACCACCAUGCCACCAUCAUCAUUUCCAUUGCCUCUGAGAAACAGAAAGGAAACAAAUCCAGCCUGUACCCCAGCCCCAGCGCAUGCAUUCUCAUUGUUAUAGACAUAGCAGUCAACAUUGUUGUUGUUGUUACUGCUACUACAACUGUUGUUGUUGUUGUUGUUGAUGACAUUAUUGUUGUUAUUGUUGUUGUUGUUAUCAAAUGAGGUGCUCGGGUGAAGAAUUAAGCAGAAAUUGCAGAGCCCCAAACUAAAUGAUUUUUGCAGAAAAUAUUUAGUUUAAUACCUCUGCAUUGUUUCUAACUCCUGAUAAUAGUGAAGUCGAUUUAAUCUAUUAUACCAUGGGAUUAUCAAAAUACAGUCAUACGCUGAGGGCAGGGGUACUUGAUUCAGAUAUUUGCCCUUCUCUACAAAAUAAGUUUUUGUAAACAAAUGUAAGAAAUUUGUUUGACAGAAACAAAAAAUUAAAUUUCUUGAAAUGUUUAAUUAAAUCUGUUUUAUUUUUCUGAAUUCAAUUCUUACAAAACUGGAUGUUACUCUGUAAUGAUGAUAACAGUCAAGUCCAUAGAAUCUAAAUUUAUUUACUACCUUCACUUAUUUAAAGAUAUCUCAUGAUUAGGGUUUAGAGGAUUAAAUCGACUUCUCCCAUCAUAUUCCAAAUUAAUGUCCUUGUGCUUAUUUCUUAAUUAUUUAAUCAUGCCACCAACAAAUGCAUGAUAUAUAUACAUAUUAGUUUAGCCAUUUCAGUUAAAUCUUGGUUUGUAUUUGAUUUAAAAAGCAUUUGCUAUUCUGAUCUCUUUGUAAACAGAUGAAUAAGGGGCACUUAUCUUCUGGAAAGUGGCUAAUCAGCUAUAAAACAUAUCCAAAUAAUCUCCUUUAUUUUUCUGUGUACAAAGAGAAUAACAUGAUUUAUGUACAUUUGUUUAAUUUCUCCAGCACAGAUAUUAUAAACUGUAGGCAACUACAUUAAAUUUAUCUGAGAUUUUUCUAAUACAUACUGUUUGAAUAUAAAAUAUUAUUUUAUUUUAUUUUUAUCAUUAUUUCUUUUUGUAAUCUUAUUUUAGUGUGUGUUUUUACUGCAAGACUGAGAACUACUCUCUAUGCCUCGGGCGUAUGAAGUAUUUUGCUUUGGUUUCAUAUUUUCUGUUUGUUUUCACACAAUUCUUCACAACAUGUGUGCAGUGUCUAGUUGCACCAUUUUCUGUAUAUUGUUCAUAUUUGUAAGUUAUAGGGUUUUGGGGAUACAUUUACCAGUAGAUAUAUUUCUUUCAUCAUUCUCAAAACACCCUAUAAUUACAGGGAGUUCCCUCUAUAACCACAAGGGUUUCCUUCUGUUUUCAGUCCCCACACUGUUAUCUCAAUUUCCAGAUAUUUAUAUCAACACAAUUUCUGAUUCAUUUACAACUUCAUCGUUAUCAGAUGGAAAUUGAGUCUUUCAUUAAGGUAACAUUAAUAUUCUGAUUGUUGUUGUUGUUAUUACCAUUAUUCACCCACUACACUCUCUGAGUGGUUGGCAUUAGGAAGGGCAUCCAGCUGUAGAAACUCUGCCAAAUCAGACUGGAGCCUGGUGUAGCCAUCCGGUUUCACCAGUCCUCAGUCAAAUCGUCCAACCCAUGCUAGCAUGGAAAGCGGACGUUAAACGACGAUGAUGAUGAUGAUGAUUAUUAUUAUUAUUAUUAUUACUACUAAGGCAGAAAGCUGGCAGAAAUAUUAGCACUCUGGACAAAAUGCUUAGUGGUAUUUCACCCGUCGCUACGUUCUGAGUUCAAAUUCCGCUGAGGUCGACUUUGCCUUUCAUCUUUUCGGGAUUGAUAAAUUAAGUACCAGUUGCAUACUGGGGUUGAUGUAACUGACUAGUCCCCUCCCCCAAAAUUUCAGGCCUUGUGCCUAGAGCAGAAAGGAUUAUUAUUAUUAUUAUUAUUAUUAUUAUUAUUAGCAGCAGCAUUUCCAUUUCAUCCGUUUUGACAUUCUUAGGUCAAAUUCUGCUGAGGUCAAUUUGCAUUUCAUCUUCCCAGGGUCAAUAAAAUGAGUACCACUUGAUCACUGGGGUCGAAGUAAUCAACUUAACCCACCCCCCUCGAAAAAUUGAGCCGAUAUUUGAAAUAAUCAUCAUCAUCAUCAUCAUCAUUAUUAUUAUUAUUAUUAUUAUUAUUAUUAUUAUUAUUAUUAUUAUUAUUAUUAUUAUUAUUAUUAUUAUUAUUAUCAUGGUAGCAAGGUGGCAGAAUCAUUAGCACACCAGGCAAAAUGUUCAGCAGCAUUUUGUUCACCUUUACAUUCUGAGUUCAAAUCCCAUUGAGGUCAACUUUGCCUUUCAUCCUUUCAGGGUUGAUAAAGUGAGUACCAGUCAUGUACUGAGGCAGGUUGAUGUAAUCGACUUACCCCACUCUGAAAUUGCUGGCCUUUUGCCAAAAUUUGAAACCAUUAUUAUGAUUAUUAUUAUGGAAAAUCGGUAGAGCACCAAAGAAACAAAAUGCUUUGAGGAAUUUUAACUUCACUGUUUUGAUUUCAAAUCCCAACAGUGUUAACUUUGCCUUUCAUCUUUGUUGUAUCAAUAAAAAACGAUACCAGUUAUACACUGAGGUUGAUUUAAUCAACUCUACCCCUCCAUCACCCUUUCUGGAUUGUUCCAACAUGGUAUAUUAUCGUCAUUAUUAUUUUGUUUAUUAUGAAAGACUCUCGGAUAGUUCUUAAUUACCAGGUUAUUAUUAUUAUUAUCAUUAUUAUUAUUAUUACUAUUAUUAUUAAGGCGGUGACCUGGCAGAAUCAUUAGCACACCGGGCUUAACAGUUUUUCACCCGUCUUUACAUUCUGAGUUCAAAUUCUGCCACAGUCGACUUUGCCUUUCAUCCUUUCAGGGUCAAUAAAUUAAGUGCCAGUUGAGUACUGGGGUCAAUGCAAUCGACUUAUACCCUCCCCCGGACUUGCUGGCCUUGUCCCAAAAUUUGAAAACAUUAUUAUUAUUAUUAUUAUUAUUAUUAUAAUUAUUAUUAUUAUUCUAAUAUUAAGGUGGUGAGCUGGCAGAAUUGUUAGCACACUGGACGAAAUGCUUAGCAGUAUUUUGCCCCAUCACUUCAUUCUGAGUUCAAAUUCUGCCAAGGCUGACUUUGCCUAUCAUCCUUUCGGGGUCAAUAAAUUAAGUACCAGUGAAACACUGGGGUCGAUGUAAUUAACUAGCUCCCUCCCCAACAAUUUCAGGCCUUGUACCUAUAGUAGAAAGGAUUAUUAUUAUUAAGGUGGUGAGCUGGCAGAAUUGUUAGCACGUCAGAAAAAAUGCUUAGUGGUAUUUGGCCUGUCGUUACAUUCUGAGUUCAAAUUCUGCCGAGGUCAACUUUGCCUUCCAUCUUUUCAGGGUCGAUAAAAUAAGUACCAAUUGAGUACUGGGGUCAAAGCAAUCGACUUACCCCGUCCCCAAAAUUGCUGGCCUAGUGCCAAAAUUUGAAAUCGUUGUUAUUGUUAUUAUUAUUAUCAUUAUUAUUCAACUUGACAUGAUGAGUGUCAAAUUUUCAAAGGGAAAUAACCUUUACUUCACUUCAA